AUGCUUGGCGGACGGCGCCCUCCUGCUCGCCCUGUUGCGCUGCGCAACGGACAGCCGCCACAGCCAGCCGCUCGCCCUGCACCGCCCCGACUGCUGGAACGUCGCCUAGCCGUCGGCUCGAUGGUGGAGGCCGCCGAGCAGCAAGAUCGGGAAGGGAAUGAAGGACGCAUUGGCGGCGCCAAGAUCGACAACAAGGAGGUCACCAAGACCGAGCUGGCAGCCCUCCCACCUACCGAGGAGGCCGCUGAGCAGCAAGAUACGGAAGAGCAUGAAGGACUCGUUGGCGGGGCCAAGAUCAACAACAAGGAGCUCACCAAGACCGAGCCGGCAGCCCUUCCACCCACCGAGGAGGCGGCCGAGCUGCAGGACGUCGAAGGGAAUGAAGAGCGAGUUGGCGCCAAGGUCGACGACAAGAAGAAGCAGCUGCCGGACUUUUUCGUGCUCGGUAGCAAGGUGGACGGCCACGACCUGAUCAAUGCGCAUCAAGCCGACCCGCGCCUAUCCAAGCCGAGCUGCCCUAUGUGCGGAUGUGCCGAGGGCGAAGAUGGCCAAGGGGAUCGACUGCGCACGAAGAUUGGCGGCGUCAAGCACUGCAAGCAUUGCCUCUACAUCGUCGACGAAUACCAGCCCGACGCGAAGCUUUGCAUCCUCAACCACACCUGCCGCUACGUGAAGGGGCUUCUGGAAAACGGCAUCCAGACGGAAUUGGUCGACAAUCGGCACAACGUGCGCAUCGUCUACCUCGGUCCAGUUCGGUGGGCUACCGGUCGCUACGCUGGCAUCAUCUUUGACCAACCUCUCAUUCCCGAUGCGGAACCGCCGGUUCGCCCUGUGACGCUGCCUAACGACAACGACAACCAAGCCGACAUGCUUCCCCAACCACAUUUGGAGGCCGAGGAGCGGGUCAACCUCAUGGGCUCGCCGGCUGUGACGAGGUACUCGGCAUGGUACGUUCCCGUGGAGCUGUGGCUCUUUGAGCUGCCGAUAAGCGUCACGGCACUGGCCAUGCCUGGAGUGAUCGUGCUCCGGAAGGGCCUCGGCGCCAUUGGGAAGCUGACCCAAUCGACGGCCGUCUUCUCAGGAUGUUCGGUCGCGGAUCAGCGAGGCCAAGAAUUGGUGGAGCUGAAGAUCCAUCUGCGCUCCCACAAACUUAUCGUGAUUGAUCGCGUGCAGGCGACCUUGCACGGUCUCCUCGUGCAGUUGGACGGCCUGGGCCUCGCAGCCGUCCAGCCCCGCAUCAUCAACAACAUCGGGCCGAACCAGGAGUGCAACCUGUGCGGCGCCCUGGAGACGUCCAGCGGCGUCUACAAAGUCGGAGGCGCGCUUCUCGACGUGCACUGCCGUAGGAUCCUGACAACGUACACGGUCGGCAGCCGCAACUGCCACAGUUCCUACGUCUGCCGGUACGUGGCCGAGGAGGCCAUCAAUGGUCGGCAGACGCGCCUCGUGGAUAGAGACUGCUGGUAUUGCCUGGUCAAGCGUGCGGCCGAGCUGAAGAUGGUUGACGUGCCAACGGAAUUCGGGGCGAAGUUGGUCAUCCUCGGCUCC